AUGUCUUGUCACAAUGCACAUUCACUUGUGUUCAUUCAUCUCCCCACAGGGGCCUCCAAGGAGCCAACACCCACUCCAACCAGCCUCACAAAGAAGCAAGUGAAGCAGAAGGUGGAGAGCCUGACCACUCAGCUCCAGGUGAUGACCGCCCAACGCAAUGAUCUGAGAGAUCGCCUCAUCUUAGUAACCGAAGGAUCCUUGGACAACAGGCCCUACCACAGGCCAAAUCCUUUCUGGGAAAAGCUCAAGAUGGAACAUCAGCAGGUCAUGUCAGCCCUGCAGAAGUUUGAGAAUGAGAAUUUGGAGGCCUCACAGAAGCUCAGUGAGCUGACCAAAGGGAAAGUCUUCCUUUGUGAUCUGCAGAGCCGGCUCCUGAUGGAGCAGAGUCAGCUCAAAAAGAAAUUGGAUAUGCUGAGGCAAGAGAAGGAGAACAUACUGGAGUUUUGGGUCAUGGUGAAGCACCACCUGGGUGACUUGCAAGUGCUCAGUAAGGAUCAAGAAGAGAUCAGUGACCUCCAGAACCAGCAACAGCAGGAGCAGCAAAGAAUGGAAGAGAGACUCCAGAGCUUGCUGAAGCAGAAGGAGCUGGUCACACAGCAAAAACACCUGGCAAUAAAGCUGCAGCAUCAUUUGACUGUCUCCCAGAUGAGCACCCUUUAUGAGAACUGAGGAGGCUGAAGGAAUCCAUAGUCAACUAGAAACCCUGACAUUCUCCACUCUAUGAUCAAGGCCUCCUCAGAACAAGACAUGUACUACUAGUUGUGAAAUCACCAGUGAGGCAAAUAUCAUCUGCCCUGAAGAUCAUCCAUCCAUAAUCUGAUCCAUGUGUCUAUUGACUCACUAGUUAUGGAAUAAAGAAACCAUCAAGAAGAUGCUUGAGAUUCAAAAAAAUAAACACCAAGAGUUAUGCAGAAAAAGCUGACAUCUACCAGCAAGUGUUCCCAGUGAGGGCCACAACAACAUGGAGACAGAAUAUGUUUCCACUCAUAGUUACUCUGAAAGUUUAUUGCUACAAACUUUUGGUAGCUGACUGAGUGUUGAGCCCUUCAUAUGUCGAGGGAGAUAUGUCAACAGAGACUGUGUUGCUGUCAUUCUGCUAUCCAGACAGACCACACAAAGGAAGCAUCAUAUUCUCACUCCAGUCCAGUGCGGGAACUACUCAAUUUCAUGCACAGGUGAUGGUGAAGUGAAUUGUUCUGAGAGAUGGUUUACGAAGGAUGUCACCAUGAGCUGUUAUGUCUUUUGGUAACAGAUGCUCCCCGUGUCAUUUUUUGCUCUUGAAUGGGCACACAGACACAUGUUGGCAGACAGAAUCAUGUAAUGGCCAACAUGGCAUAAGAUCAACUUUGGCAAGGACUUAACCUAGACGCCCCAAAGUGGCAUGACUACACUUGUCUUGAAGAGGUUAUUUCAAUUCAGGGUUGUCUUCCAACUUCUAUCCAAAGCCAGCCACAGACUGCAGUAUAUCUGCAUGAAGAGAAAGCUUCUUAUGUAAAUAGUUUUGGUUUGUUUUGGGGUUUGCAUGAAUUUAGGUUUUGUUGUUCUUUGUUUUGUUUUGCUGUUUUUUUAAAUUUUUUGGUGCUUUGUUCUUUCUUUGAUUUUAUAUUUUGCUAAAGCUAUACAUUGGAUAUACUAAACACCCCUUUAAGGCCCUAUUCAGUCAAAUUUCUCUAAUUUCACAAAUAAAAAUGAUUUCCAACUCUUCAUUCUUUCCUUUAAAUUUUUUACUGAAUUUACUUACCAACCACAGAUCCAACUCUCAUCCCUCCUCCCUCUCCUGCCUGCCACAUUUCCCCCACACCUCCUGCCUUCCUCCAACCGGGUAAGUUCUCCCAUAGGGGACAGAUAAACCUCGUACAUUCUCUUCAUUCCAAAAGUAGCUUUGUAGUCAGGUGUGGUGUCACACUCCUGUAACAUUAGAACUCAACAGACAGAGGUGGAUCUCUCAAAGUCCCAGGAAACUUAGGCUACAUUGUGAGUUCUCAGGUAGACAGGGUUACAAACCAAGAUGGUAUCUUGGGUGUGAAUCACAUGGCCUACUCCAUGAAUAUCUACUUCAUGAUGGAAAAAGAUCCAUAUAAAACACCUGACUUCACAUGUCUAGCUACUUCAAAAAACGGAGAAUAGAUACACACAUGUUCAUGACGUGAUCAUUCAUAUCAGAUUUUUCAGAAAUACACCUAUGUUUUCUAAUGCAUCUCAGGAAGUGAGAACAUUUGUUACAGGAGUGUAGAAGAAAUGAGGAAACCUAUAGAUAUCUGCCUUCCUUUUCCUGAAAUACAGCACCAGUGACAGUGGCAAUGCAGGGGUAGUAACCUUCUAGACAUAUUGAGAUGUGGUCUUUUGAAUGUGCUCUUGCCUUGACCAUUCAUUUUGCAUGGAAAUCUUUGAGAUUCAUUUACUUGUACUUAUGUAUAUGGGUAUUUUGUCUGUUUUCUAUGCACCACAAGCAAUCAGUUUGCACUGAAGCCAGAAAGGGCAAUGGAUUCCACACGGAACUGGAGUCACAGAAGUUUAUUAGCUGAUUUCUGGGUCCUCUGGGAGAGCUACACAUCCUCUUAAAGGAUGAGUAAUCUCUCCAGUCCCUGCACUUGACUUUUGUCCUUCUAGCCUCUCUAGUGUAUUAGUUGGACUGGAUUACACCUAACCAAAGAGAGAUAUUUCUGGAGAAUUGUAGGGACAGGACCAUGAGGUAGGCAUGGGAGAUUACUUGGGAUGCCAGGCAUUCAAGCAGAGUGCUCCUGGGUUCAGGAUCAUCGCUCAGCAUCUCUUAAGUCUGAGUUGGAGCAGAAUAUGUCACCUCUCAUUUAGAUGACAAUGCAGAGUAGGCCCAUCAGAUGAAAUGCAGACUUUUAAGACCCGCCUGGGGAUGGAGAUGGGGUAAGAUAUACCUGUGAUGCACCAGCUAAGCAGUGUUAAGUGGAAACUUCACAUUUGUCUGGGUGGAUGGUAUCUGCAGCAAAAGCCACAUGCCUCUGGCGGAGAGUGUGUCUCUGCAAGGUUUGAAAGGGAGAGGGAUGGUUGAUGCUACACUUUCGCCACAGCAGAAGUCACAGUGUAUUGAGGAAAGGUUUCUUUCAGAUGUGGGCUUUAUUCUUCUGAAGUUCUCCUGGAAUGGAUCUGACCUGAGACUCACAGUAAGUCAGAGAGUUAAUGUGUGAAGCAAUUAUCCUUGUAAAUUCAAGUCUGUGUCUCUCAAACCAUAGCUUUUAAGAUCUCUAAAGCCAGAGAAGCAGGUGGUUCACUUUAGUUCCUUCCUUUCAUUUGUCACUUUCUCAUUCUUCACUGACUCUGACAUAAUACCUGUAGACACACUGGAACCAGCUGAGACUUCAUUCAUCCUACAUUAUCAGUCACUGAACUGCAGCAUGUGUUUCCCUGUCCAUCUUUCCAUUAUUGGGAAGGAGCCUAUGUUCAGUCAUGCCUUACUUCCAUGUGAAUCCUCAGUAUAGCUUUGUUUCUUUUAAUAAAUGCUACAGAUAGAUUAACACAGUUUCUUCUCCUUGUGUUUGUGGAGGGAGAUAACAGUUUACUUUCUCAGACUAAACUGUGUAGAGUGUGUAAUGUGGACUGGGGUGUUUCUUCUAUGUCAGAUAAACAUGCCUAGUCUUCAAUGCAUUCUGUCAGUUACUCACAUGGUCAUUCUUAUGAGGGCUAAAUUAACAGUUAAAGCCCAUCUUGAUGUCUGCCCUGUAGUAGCUGUAGCAGAUGAAUGGAGUUACAAGCCAGGAAUACAACUUGGAGACAGAAUACUUCCCUAGCAUGUGCAAUAUGUUAGGUUCAAAAUUAGUACAUUAUUUAUGACGGGGAUGGAAAAUUCACCCUGUUACAUCCUAUGAAGUGAAAUACAUCAAACUCUUAGUUAUCGUAGAAGCUUUAAAAUUCUCCCAACUCCAAUUCUUGCCCUUCGUUAACUGUGACAAACAUUCAUUUUGAGGAUAAAUAUUUCCAAAGUAGGAUAGAUAUACACAGAGAUCAUAUACAGAGAUAUGUAGCUUAUUAAAAUCUGUGGCUUUGAUGAUGGACUGGAAAAUGUCUAAGCAGGUAAAGGUAAUGCAGACAAGCCUGGAGACAUGCAUUUCUAUCCCUGGGACCCACCUUAUUGAUAGAAAGAAUAAAAAAAAUAUCUACCAGAAAUUGUUCUCUGAGUUGCAUGUAGUUGGGGGUGCCAGGUCUUGACCCACUGAAACUAAGACAACUGUCUUCCCAUUUCUCAUUUAUGCUAGAAUAUCUCCAUCUGAUGCACUCAUAUCAAUAUAUUACUACAUGUUCAUUCGAGUGAUUUUGGACUUUUUCUUAUUUUAGUUUGGCAACAAGGAACCAUAGAAAUAUAUAUCAAAUCAUUAUGAGAAAAACAGAUUAAGAGAAUGUGGUCAUCUUGAAUUUGUAGAUUUGCUAACCUUUGUUACUCCCCAAAUGCCUCAACACAUCUUCUAGAGAUGCCUCACUAACAUUUAUGGUCUUUUUCUUAUUCUCUCCAAGAGCCCAUACAUUGUUGUGAAUGUCAAGACAGUCUAUAUGGCUUGCCCGUGCCUCACUGAUGCUAACAGACUCCUCUAAUGAGGAUGACAUGUUCUGAAUGAUUCAAAUUUGGUCCAGGUCACUAUCAUUGCCUUCUGUUGUCAUCCAUAUUCCUCUUAGCUGUGAGCAGUCUAUACACCACCCAGAGCCAAGGAAUCCACAGAACUCCUGAGUAUGACCCUGGGAUGAACAUGGUGAGAGUAGAGAACUAAUGGCUGCAACUUGUCCAAUGACCCACAACCAUGCUCUGGCACAUGUGUGCAAACACACAUAUAAAUAUACAGAUGAAUAAAUGUAUUCAAGUUUUGAGAACAGAAUUCCAUACCUGGCAACUCUCAACCUAGUCUUGUCAAGUGACACAGACAUUUAUGGGGAAAUGAUGAAGAAAAACCAUGUUUCUGUCGAGAUUUCUAAACAAAUGUUGGAAGAAAGAACACGAGGUUGCCAGAAUGUUGCUGGGGGAGACCACAAAGGCUUUGGAUGUUCUGGAAGGUUUGUUUCACAUACAGGAAAGAUGAAGACUUGGAUCUGUGCAUGUCAAUAAGCACACGCGCACACACACACACACACACACACACACACACACACACACAUCUCUGAUGUUUUCUAAAUGGAUAGAGUGCUGUGGGAUGGUCUGUAUGUCAAAUGUGUUGCUGAUUGGUCAAUGAAUAAAUCAGUGAUUGGCAGUGGCCAGGCAGGAAGUAUAGGCGGGACUAACAGAGAGAAAAAUUGAGAGAACAGGAAGCUGGGAGGGGAGACACUGCGAGCCGCCAUGAGGACAAGGAAGAUGUAAAGUACCGGUAAGCCACAAGCCACGUGGCAAGGUAUAGAUUAAUAGAAAUGGAUUAAUUUAAGCUGUAAGAACAGUUAGCAAGAAGCCUGCCACGGCCAUACAGUUUGUAACCAAUAUAAGUCUCUGUGUUUACUUGAUCGGGUUUGAGCGGCUUGGGACUGGCGGGUGAGAGAUUUGUCCUGACUGUGGGCCAGUCAGGAAAACUUUAGCAACAUAGAGACCCUCAGUGAGGAAACAUUGACAAUGUUGUGACAGUAGAGGGGAGACAAUGUCUUUCCCCCUUUCUUCCCUACUGUCUCUGUCACAUUCCACUACCAUUUAGCACUAUUGCAUUCUAUUUAUUUUAUUGUUAGCUGUUAACAAUCUCUUUUUCUUCUCUUAAUAUUUUCAUUCAGCUGACAAUUAUGGAGGUUAUAAGUGUCAGCAGGCACAAAGGGUAAUACUGAAGGGAACAUCCAAUAAAGAUGAGCUACCAGGCAUGGUCGUGUGGUGACAUGCCACUGAUCUCAGCACCAGACAAGUAGUAACAGAAAAAUCAGGAGUCUUGGGCAAGCUUGGGCUACAAGAGACCCUCCCUAAGGCAAUCCCUAAGACAAUAAAAUAAAUAAAAAUGAAGAACAGCCUGUCUUCACAGUGGAGAGAGAGCUGACAGAGCAAUAUGUGGAAACAUGGCCUGACUUGACCCUGUGUGCUGUCUGGUUCUGUCUCCCAGAACAUGUAGCAUUUGGGGAGUUGAAGUCUCUUAUUUGAUAGACCAGCCUGGAGAUCCUGCAGCAGGCAGAACCCUCCCUAGCCACACAACAGAGCCAAGGCCUUGGAGACAAUUGCUGGGCCUUUGGACAUGAAAGCAUUAGGUAUGAGUCAGGGAUGCUCUCCAACCUUACAUACAGUCAUAAGCAUCUUGGAUACUUCCUACAGGAGAUUCAUGUGGGCCUGGCUCACUGGAGUCUUACUGAUAAAGUGAACAGUGUGCCGAGAAGGCUUAUUAUAUUAUUGGCCUGGCCAAAGUGUCUAGGCCAAAGUUCAGGAAUCUGCAUGUCACCAAGACCAUCAUUGGCAGUAGUUAUCAACCUUCUGAAUGCUGUGACAGUCUUGGGUAGACGUCAUUCCAGGGAGAGAGAAGCUGCCUGCAUGAAUAAAGGAAGCUUAGACAGCAGGUUCAGUUCACAAUCCUUGAAACCAGAGAAAUCAAAUGCCAUGGGAUGACAGCACUGUUUUCCCAAGCAAUUGCUAUUAGAUUGUUGUUGGAAAGCUCCCAGGGUCACUCAUGUCUGUGUGUGUGUGCCUGCUCUGAGACCUCUUGCUUUUCCUCAUAGGGAUGACCUGAAACAGUCAGAAUUUCCCACAAACAUUAUGAGCUUCUUUUUCUUUCUGAUCAGUAGAGAGGAGUGCCAGGACCAAGACUUGUUGUGUAGAGACCUCUGGAGAAGCUCACUUGUAGAAACCAACCCUGGCCCUGAAACCAGAGCCAGUGAAAGAAACAUACCCUGGCCCUGAAACCCAAGCCAGUGAAAGAAUCACUUUAGUCCUGAAACCAGAACCAAGGAAACACAACCUGACCCUGAAACCACAGCCAAAGAAACACACUUUGUCCCUGGAACCAGAGCCAGUCAAAGAAAUACACCCUGGCCCUGAAAUUAGAGCCAAAAGUCUAAAAAGGGUCAGUGAAAGAAACACACUUUGGCCCUGAAACCAGAGCCAACUCUGUCCUUGACCAACUAAAGCAACCAAUUGCUGAGCAGGAAAACCAACCAAUCCCUGAGCAGAAAUAUCUUCUCCCUGAAAAAAACUCCAUCCCUAAGCACCUAUGUCUGUUCAUUUAUCAGCUGAGGCAGCUCUUCUCUUGGAUUCCACCUUCAAAAAUAAAUCUCUUUCUUAAAAGAUUUUUAGGUGAAGGUAGAUCUUUCACUUGCUGGGAAGCUCCUUUGGGAGCAGAGCAGUGCAGAAGAAGAAACAGAUACUUCUGCUGGGAAGCUCCCUUGGUAGUGGGCAGAAUUAACAACUUUAUGUCAGAGCCUGAGCAUAUUGCUACAUUUCUGGGAGGGGUUCUUCUUUUGCAGAGCAAACCAGAAGAAGUAACACCUUGGGCUAGAGAUGAAAACAAAAGGGUAUCUCUGCUGGGACAUUUCCAUAGGGGUGUAGAAGUAACCAACCGUCUUAUUAAAUAAGAAACACAGCGCCAAUACAGAGAUAAAAGCCAAGAGGUCAGAGCAAUAGCUAAGAGCUAAACACCUUACCCUUCACUAUCGUGGUGGUCCGACCUCACCGAAAGAGACCCACUUCCUGUUUCUGUCUUUUAUUUUUUUAUAGAGUUUCUGUUCAGCCUCCUCAUUGGAUGUAAAACCAACCACAUGAGCUCCUAGUCACUGCCUGUCUGUACAGACCUCCAGGUCUUCUAUGGUUGGUAUUGAGAUUAAAGGUGUGUGUCUCCAAUGCUGGCUGUAUCCUUGAACACACAGAGAUCUACCUAGCUCUGCCUACCAAGUCCUGGGAUUAAAGGCAUGCACCACAACCGCCCAGCUUCUGCGAUGGCUUGCUAUUAGUUCUGACCCCCAGGCAACUUUAUUUAUUAACAUACAAAUAAAAUCAAAUUUCAGUACAAAUAAAAUAUCACCAUAUAGGGGAGCAGAGCAGCAGAAGAAAAGGAUACCUCUGCUGGGAAGCUCUCUUGAGGGGGAAGGGGCAGAGCAGAACUGAUCUGUAAUGACUCUCUCUCAGAGGGAAGUAACAUUGCUACAUCCUAUCUGGAGACCAUCUCCCACUGCAUCCCAGCUUCAAUUAUACCUUGACUUUCCAACAAGUCAGUGUACUUUCUCCUCACAGCUGUAGGUAUCCAGGAUUCCUCCCUUCACAGCUGUAAGUAUAGCCUUACUACAAGUCAGGAUACCAUUUCCUCCAGAGCUGUAACAAUUGCUGGUAUGGCCUGACUUCCUGACAAGUCAGGAUACCACUCCUUCCAGAGCUAUAACACUUGCAGGCACAGCCUGACUACCCUACAAGUCAGGAUACCUUUCCCUCCAGAGCUGUAACAAUUGCACCACCUUCAAUAGUAAGCAUAUUACCUGCCUGGAGGCCAGGUUCCUUGAAGUAAUAAAAAGGAAAGUAACCAGAUCUCUGGAAUGCUCAAAGUAAGAGGAAGUGUAUUAUAUGGCAGGUGAACAUAGAUUAGAGGGUACCAGGAAGUGGGGAAGUACCGGGUGGCUCCCAAAAAAUCCAAGGCAUCUUUCUCCUACAGGAUUUGUGUUCAGGAUUAUCAUUCUAUUUUAUGCAUAAGACAUCUGAGCCAUCCAGGGAUGCCUAGUGACUUAUGCUGAGGAUGAGAUCUAUCUCACAUUGGGAACAGGGAUAUUGUGAUGGUUUAAAUAAGAAUGGUCCCCAUAGGCUCCCAUAUCUGAAUGCUUAGUCAUCAGGGAGUGGCAUCAUUUGAGAAGGAUUAGGAUGUGUGGCAUUUUUGGAGGAAGUGUGUCACUGGGGGUUGGGGUUUGAGGUUUCAGAAGCCAGGGGUGGCCCAGUUCUCUCUUGGCAGAUCAGGACGUAGCUCUCAGCUACUGCUGCAGCAGCACUGGUGCCACCAUGAUGGUAAUGGAGUAAAUCUCUGAAUCUGUAAGCAAGCCCACAAUUAAAUCUUUCAUCAGAGUUGACUUGGUCAUGAUGUCUCUUCACAGCAAGAGGACAGGGACUUAGACCUUUAGCAGAAUCUUCUAGCCAUAUUUCUGUGCUUUGGUCUGUGGGGAAGAGGACGGCAGCUGCUAUCUUGCACACCAGUGCUGGCAGAUCUGAGUCCAGCAUAAUUAUUGGUGCUAUGGCAAGCUCCCACCUGCCACCAGUUUCAGGGGCAUCAGAGAGAGUUUGUAAAGCUCCCUCUGGCUGCUUUAUAAAACUGGAGAAGUAGUUCCCUCUUCAUUGACAAGUUACUUUUGUGGAGGUGGCAGGGGAUUGGGAAAAUAAAGAAGAUUAUAGCUGGAGCCAUUAGGACCACUUCUAGUACCUGGAUGCUGUGCUGGAGAAGACACAGUCUUGCCUGAUGCCCAUUCUCUACCUGAAAGGCAUCAUGGGCCUCAGGAGUGCUCAGAGGGCACAGGUGAGCAGCAGUCCCAGCAGCCCCUGUAGCCUUCCUGCCCUCCAUCUCAUUUCAGCUCACUGAGGGGGCAGGAUCUUGUUGAACCCAGUGCUCCAUCUGUGUCUAGCUGGUGACACUUUCUCUCUUAUCCUUCUGCUAUGAUAAUGGAGAGGCUCCUGGAAAGGGCACCUUGGCUGCAGGUCAGUUUGGUGUGAGAUAGUUAGCAGGGAGGUGAGGACUGUAAGGUGUGACAUUAGCAAUUACUUCCCCAGAAAGUCUCUUGUAUCUUGGAGAGCUCUGGCAUCAUCUCUGAUAUUUCCAGUGUUGUGGAGAUAUCAAUGACCCUUGGGGCAUUUGUCCAGUGCCUAUGUGUUUCAACCAAAGACAUGUUGAAAAGACUGAGCAGGAUACUAGAGAGAGAGAAUGGAAAGCACAGAGAUACCAGAGAGACACCAAAGGAAGGUGGGCUUUGGCCUCAGUGUAAAACAGCAAGAAAUCAAUGUUCCAGGGGAAGGCAAUGUGAUUCCUCGACAGGGGGUUGGGAGCUUCCUGGAGGAGUUGGACUUGACAUGGACCUCCCAGGAAGAGGGCUCAGCAGCUCCUCUGGGAAGCAAUGGGCCUAUCCUUCUUUGGGUUCCCAAAGAGUAGACCCAGAGUCAAGGAUUUCUGAUGUUUGUUUGGCAGAGCCAGGAGCUUACAGACUGCUCUGCUGGAGGUCUUCUGCUUUCCCUCUGAGUGAGGAAGGAGUCAGGGGAGCUAUUUUAGUACCAUCACUGCUCUUCAUCCCCACUCCAUUCCUUUAGGAAUUGUUGCACUAAAAACAGGGAGAGGAAACUGCCCUGGCAAAGCCUGAGGUUCUCAUACUUCACAUCACAACCACUAGCAGGGCAGGAGUCACCAAGCAUUGCUGUCUGCCAGGGAGUCCUAAGGUGUCUGAGAUCCCAGCUGCAUGGGUGGCACCCAGAUCUCCAGUGUAGCCUGAGAGCUUUUAGAGGCAGUGUAUGAGGACAGAGACAGUCCGUUUCCUGACAGCACAGGGUGAGGAAGUGUUGGUGAAUCUGAUGACUAAGUUUUGUCCUGCAUGACAUUUCCAUCAAUAUGUAGGUCUGAAGCAUCCAGGAAGUGACUUGGACACCCGCCCCCCAUUCCCUAAGUGCUUGUGGAUAGUACCAGUUUUCUUCUGGCUCUGACAAAAGAGGACUGAAGACUCUGAAGCCAAGUCGCAUUCUGUGCAACUGUGAAUCAGCCCAAGGAGAUUGUCUUGUGCAGGGAGGCAGAAGAAGUAGCUGAAACCUGAGUCACCCCCUACCUAUAAAGGGGUGGGUGAAUUGAUAGCCAUGGAGUGGGGUGAGACUCCACUGGGCUUUCAGAUCCUGCUAGGGCAGAGUCUCAUCUGCCAGUCACUUUCUGAAUGUGUAUGCUUCUGUGUGUCAUGUUUGCCUGAGAUGAAGCAGUGUGUAGGGCAUGUCCUGUCCCUUGGCUUCUGGAAUCAGGUAUUCCUGAGAUAGCUAACCUUGGCUACUAUCAUGGCUUGUCAGCAUAAUACACCAUCUAAAAGGACACAGUACACCUCAUGUCACUCAUUUGUUCUGGGGUCAAACAAGUACACUUUCUAACCUCAUUUCCUAGAAACUUUUAUUUCUCAACUAAUUGAUUAGAGAUCUUAGGAAGGGAAGAGCCAUUCCCUGGGCUGUUUUUGAAAAGUGAGUCUUGAACUCUCUACAAAUAAGGAAUGAAAAGGUUCUAAUGAGGCAGAGAGAGACCUCUGGUUUUGUAAGGAGGAGGUGCAGAAUGGCAUCCCCUGUGUCCAUGGGAAUGCUCCUGGAAAGGGCAACUAUUGGUUAAUUAGGGAAGAGCUCAGUGGCACGUAGGUGAAGUCUGUUGGCAGUGACCCUAACAGUACCUUCCCUGAACAUUCUAUUCUACCCUGGAGAGCCCUGAGCAUCCUCUUUGAUGUCACCACUGUUGAGGCAACCCCAACUGCCAUUUAGGGCAUUUGUACAGUUCCUCUGGGAUUCACAAAGACAUGUUGGUGAGACUGAGAAAGCUACUUGGGAGAGAGAAUGGACAGACUAGAGAAGAGAGAGAGGCAGAAGGAAGCUGGCCAACUGUCUCAGGGUAAAACAUCAAGAAAUAAAUGUUCCAGGGGAAGGUUCAGUGAGUCUUGUGCAGGGAAUGGGGAGCUUCCUGGAGGAGGAAGGCCUUGAGCUGGGCCUUCCAGGAAUGGGGCUCAGCAGCUGGGAGACUUUGGAAAACAAUGGGGCUAUGCUGCUUCUCUAGGUUCCUAAAGAGCAGACACAGAAAAGGAUUUCUGGGGUUAGUUUGGCAGAGAUCUAGAAAUUAUCAAGUCUGCAGCUACUGUGCCUGGGGACCUCCUUAAUUUCAUUCAGAGUGUAAACAGGGCAGCAAGAGGCACAGAAUGAUAGAUGAGGAAUCUCUGUCAGGAUAGAGUGUUACUGAACUUCACCCUCAGCAGAUUCCUUUAUGUUCCAUGGAUAUCUAAUUAUAAUAACAGGUAUAUUAACUCCCUUGGGCAUUCACCAAGGUUCCAGCCAUUCAGUUCCUCUUGGUACUAGACACAGAUGGUCAAGGCUUGGUGCUGCUAAGCACUAUGGACUCCAGGACUUUCCUGCACCACAUCAGAUAUGAGCUGAGGUUGUACUUCAAACCAGCAUGGCUUCCAGGGCCCAUGGGACUGCAGUGGGUGUUGAGGCACAUAUCUAACCAUUGUGGUGGGGGACCCAGAUGUGGCUUAUGUGCCCCAGCUUGAAGAUAGCUGCCCUGUUCUUUCAGAGCUACUAAGGUUCCAAGCACUUCUUCUUCCCCAGGCCUCUACUUGGGACUUAUUGUAAGUAUUACAGCUUUAGGGGGAAUGGCUUCCCCAACAGAAGUGUUACAGCUCUGCCCCAGCAGGCAAGGUUUCCCCAGUGCAAAUUUAACAGCUCUGCUCUGGUAGGGGGAGGUUUCCCAAUGCAAGUGUUACAGCUCUACUCUGAAAAGUAUCCUGGAAAUCAGGAGACAAGAAAUUCCACAAAGUCACACCAAACAACAUAACUCACACAAGAUACUUAUUGAGAUGGAAACCCCAAGAAGGUGGCUCCUCUGCUUUGGUGAAAAGCCACAAGGAACUGAGCAUAAGGCAGUCUAUACAAGGGGUUUCUUGGGGGUGUGGAGCUUUCCAGUUUGACCUGGGAUUGAUGAGACUUUUGUGAACUGAUUUGGGGGCAAGCUCAGAGAUUGAUAGGAUUCUUUUUCCUGGCCCAGGUCAGGGUCAAAAUGUUCUUUCCUUGGCCCUGGUCUCAGAGGCUUCAUGGUCAAGUUCUUUCCUUGGCCUUUUUACCCUAAACUUAGCACUACCUCUCCUGGCCCUAUGAUAUUCAAUUAUGUAAAUAUAGUUUUUUAAUCUACCUCCACGAAUGACUGGGAAGGCAUCAUUUCUACUCUCCACUCACUGAGCAGGAUCUGGACAUGAACAAGGUGGAGAAACUGACCAUUCAGCACUUGUCAUGAGGAAGAGAACACAUUGGGAUUCAGGAAGAAAGGAGAAGACCACAUGCCACCCAAAACGUUGACAAUGAGAACCACUCACUUGGCACUGGCACUGGGCUCUAGUCCUUGAAGGCUGCUUCCUCCCUGUGAUCUCACAAGAC